AAAGAUGGAUAAAGCUGUGUAACUUACAUACUUAGCAAGCAAAAUUCUCUGCAGUUUCACAUUAAGGACAAUAACCCAAGUGUUCAGGCAUUCUGUACUAAAGUCCCUGCUCUGUUUUGAUUCAACAAGAAGGCUUGAUCCACUGUCUCCGUGUCCACUAUUUGACCAGUCACAAUACUGUUGGAGCAGAAGAGAGAGAUCAUUCUUCCUUUCCCAGUAAACUGAAAUUCAAAUAAGACAGACUGGACCUUUAGAAAACAGCCUUGGAUUACAAAGAUGGACAGAUAAAAUAGAGCACUGAGCAUCUCUAAGGAAUCAUAAAACAAUAUGACAGAGAAGAUGAGAUAUGUCAAAAGCUUUUUUCUAUAUGAAUGUCUGUUUACAUUAACUCUUUGGAACAGUAUCAGCUUGUCUGUGGAAAAUGAACUCUUUACAUCUGUUUCUCAUAACCUUCAAGAAGAUGGUUCUGACAACAAAAUCAAGAGCCUGCCACUCUUGUAUGAAAAUAGUUAUGAGUCCAAAGCUAGCUUUGAUUGGGUUAUAAUACAAAAUACUACAGAAAGCCUAUCACUGUCAGAAAUCAAAGAUAAAGAUGUAAACAAAUUAAUAGCUUUAUUAUCAAAUUUCAAAAAAGGGUCAAGAUUACAAUAUCUGACACUUGCAAAUAUUUCAGUGGACUGGAAAUAUUUUACUAAAAUUCUUCAGACUGUAUGGCACUCAUCCGUUGAGUACUUCAGUAUCGACAAUAUAACACUGUUGUCAGACAUUAAGCGUUACAAUUUUGACUAUUCCAGUACCUCUAUGAAGGCAUUGACAUUGAAGAAGGCUUUAAUCACAGGUUUAUAUUUUUCACAGGAUGACCUAUACAAAGUAUUUUCAGACAUGAACAUUGCAGCCUUGACAAUAGCCGAAUCAGAAAUGAUACAUAUGUUGUGUCCUUCCUCUGAGAGUCCCUUUAAAUACUUAAAUUUUUUAAAGAAUGACUUAACAGAUCUGCUUUUUCAAAGAUGUGAAAAAUUAGUUCACCUAGAGAAAUUUAUCUUGCAUAGAAAUAAAUUUAAGAGCCUUUCCAAGGUGAGCUUCAUGACCAGCUAUAUGAAAUCACUGAAAUAUUUGGACAUGAGCAGCAACCUGCUGCAUCAUGAUGGAGCUGAGGAGCGCUGCCAAUGGGCCGACUCACUAGCAGAGCUGGACUUAUCCUACAACCAGCUGACAGAGUCUGUGUUUGAGUGCUUGCCAGUCAAUAUCAAAAUCCUCGCUCUACAGUACAACCAGAUCGCCAGUGUCCCCAAGGGGAUUGGCGAGCUGAAGUCCUUGAGAGAGCUGAAUCUUGCUUCGAACCGCCUAACUGACCUGCCUGGGUGCAGUGGCUUUCCUGCUCUGGCAGCCCUGAACGUUGAGAUGAAUUCAAUCCUCACACCGUCUGCCGACUUCUUCCAGAGCUGUCAAGGGGUAGGGGUGCUACAAGCAGGGCACAAUCCGUUCAAGUGCUCCUGUGAACUGCGAGCCUUCAUCCGCCUGGAGAAGCAGUCCGGGGGGAAGCUGUCGGGCUGGCCGGAGGCCUACGAAUGCCGGUACCCGGAAGACUUGCGAGGAAUGCAGCUGAGGGACUUUCACAUGAGCGAACUGUCUUGCAACACCACCCUCUUGCUUGUGACAGCUCUGCUGCUGACACUGGUGCUGGUGGCCGUUGUGGCCUUUCUGUGCAUCUACUUUGAUGCGCUGUGGUACGUGCGGAUGAUAUGGCAGUGGACGCAGACGAAGCGGAGGGCUUGGCACAGCUCCCCAGAAGAGCAGGAAAGUGUUCUGCAGUUUCAUGCUUUCAUUUCGUACAGCGAACGUGACUCUGUGUGGGUGAAGAACGAGCUGAUCCCAAACUUGGAGAAGGGGGAGGGCUGUGUGCAGCUGUGCCAGCACGAGAGGAACUUCAUGCCGGGCAAAAGCAUUGUGGAGAAUAUUAUCAACUGCAUAGAGAAGAGCUACAAGUCGAUCUUUGUGCUGUCUCCGAACUUUGUGCAGAGCGAGUGGUGUCACUAUGAGCUGUACUUUGCCCAUCACAAGCUCUUCAGUGAGAGUUCCAAUAGCUUAAUCCUCAUUUUACUGGAGCCGAUCCCUCCGUACGUCAUUCCUGCUAGGUAUCACAAGCUGAAGGCUCUCAUGGCCAAGAGAACCUACCUGGAGUGGCCAAAGGAGAGGAGCAAGCAUGCCCUUUUCUGGGCUAACUUGAGGGCAGCUAUUGGCACUAACCUGCCAAUGGCUGAUAGAAAGAGGUGUGGGGAAAGUGAUUAAGAAUCUGUUUAUUGCAGGUUUUUUUUUCUUGGUAAAAUAAUAA